AUGAAGGAGAUAGGAGCGAACCGGUGCAUGCUCUAUAAGUAUCGCAAGUUAUUGCCAUCGAAAAGGGAGGCACUGACCAAUGGGGAUUCUGGUGUAUCGCCAUCAUCUUCAUCACCCUCAGCGGCAGAGGAGGAUAAGAAGCGGAAGUUCAGUGCGAGGGGUUUUAGCCAUAAGUCCAUCGAGAAACGUCGUAAAGCUCUAAACACUGAGGCGGGACUGGUCAGUGAUCCCUAUAAGGAUGCAGGCAUCAGUGAUCUUACUAUUGAUCUGGAUACGGUAUAUGUUACACCCAGCAGUAGUAGUAUACCCAAGCCUACUCUUGCUGACCUCCCACUAGCCGAUGAAGUCGAUAAGCUUUUUGAUAUGGAUGACUUCUUUGUAUGA